UUGUAAUUUCAGUUCAAGAUUCAUAAUUUACCUAUUCCAUAUUAUCCUUGCAUCUCUAAAUUUAUAAAUAUUUAUUUAGUGAAUAAAAAGAACGAAAAGUUUUGAAAAUGAUAAAACCUUUGGAAAAAGUUGGAUUCUUGGAACUUCACACCGCUGGGUUUAUUAUUGGCGUACUAGGAGUGAUUGGAAGCGUUUUCCUUUUUUGCAUAGGUGCUGUUUAUGUGGCAGCAGAAAAUGGCGAAGAGUCACGAUCAUAUGACCAAUUCGAAGCUGUUACAACCAUAACCGGCGGUGUCUUCAUGGGUGUUAGCAUCUUGCUUGUUGUGAUAUCAGGCUUACUCAUAUACGGAAUAAAGCAGAACCGACAUUCUAUGUUGUUGCCCUGGUUGGUGAUAUCUACUCUUGGCGUUGUACUCAGCUGUUUCCAAUUGUUGAUAUGCUUGUGGGACUUUGUUGCUCUUUCACACAACUUCUUAAUCUUCUUGCUCCAAGUAUUUUUUACCGGUCUGAAUAUCUACAUUUAUUAUGUAAUAUUCUCGCUAUACACACAUAUGAAAAUGGAUUGCGGAAACGGUCGCGUAUUGACUCCGCCUCCAGCAGCAGCAGUAUCAUUGCAACAAACUGAUCCUCCCGCAUAUUCCCCCAACGCCGAAUAUCCCACCAACGCCGCAUAUCCCACCAAUGCCGUAUAUCCUCCCAUCGCAUAUCCAACUACCUACCCCACCUAUAAUAAGGUAUAA